AUGUUGGAUCCUGAGUUUUUUAGUAUUAAUCGAACAGCAGAAAAGAUUCUUACAUUAUACGGCCAAUUAGCUGAUAACGUUGGUAAUAUUGUAAAACGUAAAAAUGAUUACGACGUUCGAACAGGUUUAACAUCUAAGCCUUUAUCAAUUGAUGAUCAACAUUUUACCACUAUCACUCAUCAAUAUAUUAAUGGUACGACUUGGGUUCUAAAGAUUAUGGCUCAUAUGCGUGCCGAUAUAUUAUCGUGGGUAAUUCAUGAUAAAGAUAAACAAGAACGUAUUUUAGAAGGAAAAAAAAUAAUCUUAGAAACUAUUCAAAGUAAAACUGGCUUACGACUUGAUCAAUGUAAUUCUAUUUCAUCUACAACUGGUGGUACAAGCACGACAGGCGGACAAGGACGAAAAUUCUUUUCGUUUGAAGUCCGAGAUAUCUUAGUGUCUUGUGUUCCAUCAAGACAUCGCAAAACACUUCAAAAAUUAAUAAAACUUUAUUCUAUUAUUUUACGAGCUGUUGCAUCAACACAACCAAUUAAUAUUUCUAAUUAUAAAAAAUUAAUUAUUGAUUUUCAAAAAUUGUUAUCGGAUAUAAAAUGGAUUGGCUACAUCAUGACUGUUCAUUCAUUAAUAUUUUAUUCGUGCGAAUUAAUAGAAAAAAAUCAUGGUGUAGCUUUGGGAGAAUUAUUAGAAGAGACCCUUGAGAGCUGUAAUAAGAUGUUCGUAAUUUUCGUGAAUUUCUAUCUAGGAAAUGCGGACAUACAGUAA